AUGAGAACCACCCCAAACUCAUGGUUUUACUUCAUAUCUUUGCUGUGUCUAGUGGACUUGACUAUCACUAUCAAUUUAGCCACUGCCCAUUAUUGUCUUGAUCAUCAGCAAUCUCUGCUGCUCCAUUUGAAGAACAACCUCACAUAUAACCAAAAUCAGUCCAAAAAAUUAAUUCAUUGGAACCAUGUUCAUGAUUGCUGCCACUGGAAAGGGGUCUCUUGCAACAAGGGACAUGUUAUAGCACUAGACUUGAGCCAAGAAUCUAUCUCUGGAGGUAACUUUAGCAGUCUCUUCCACAUGCAAUUUUUGCAGAGUUUGAAUUUGGCUUAUAAUGAGUUCAUCUCCUUUGAAACUUGUUCUGAGUUCCAAAACUUGAAGAAUCUGAGGUAUUUGAAUUUGUCAAAUGCUGGCAUUGUGGGAGAAAUUCCAAAAAAUAUCUUCCAAUUAUCCUCACUUCAAGUUCUUGAUUUAUCUGAUAAUCAAAGACUUAAUGGUUCCCUACCACAAAAUAUCCCAUAUCAAUUAGCAUCUCUCAACUACUUGAACCUCAGCCAUACAAAUUCUUUUGGACCACUACUAGAAUCUCUUCUCAACUUGAGGCAACUAUCAACAUUGGAUCUGUCAAAUUGCCAGUUUAAUGGGACACUUCCUAACUCAAUGUCAAAUCUUACCCAUCUAGUUUAUCUAGAUUUGUCAUUCAAUAACUUCACUGGCCCUCUUCCAUCUUUCAAUAGGUCCAAUGCUCUUAGGAGUUUUGCUCUCAAUCAUAAUUACUUUAGUGGUACAAUUCCAUCCACCCAUUUUAAUGGCCUUGCAAAUCUUGUGAGAAUUGAUUUCGGAGAUAACUCUUUGGAUGGAAGAGUUCCCUCAACUUUGUUUGCACUUCCAUCUCUUCAACAACUCAUUCUCUCCUACAAUAGAUUUGAAGGCCCAUUGAAGGAACUACCAAAUUGUUCUUCCUCAUCUUUAGAGAUGCUUGAUUUAAGUGGAAACAAUUUUCAAGGUUCAAUUCCCUCAUCUAUUUUCCAACUCAAAAGACUCCUUUUGCUUCAGCUUUCAACAAACAAGUUCAGUGGCACAAUAAAAUUGGACAAACUUCGAAACCUACCAAAUUUAAAAACAUUUGAUCUUUCUCAUAACAAUUUGUCAGUUGUUGAUGCAAAUGUUCAACCAGUCUUGUUGUUAUUGGUGAUAUCAAUCAUCCUUUGCACGUGUCCCGGUCAUGUCGUUUCUGGUCUCUGUCUCGAUGAUCAGAGGUCCUUCUUGCUGCAAUUCAAGAACAACCUCACGUUCGACCAUCAACAUUCCACAAAGCUAAAUUCAUGGAAUGAAAGUAUUGCAUGCUGCGAUUGGAGUGGUGUAACCUGUGAUCAUGAUGCUCGUGUCAUUGCUCUUGAUUUAAGUCACACCAAGUUCUCUGGAAGACUUCCCCUUUCUAUUGGGACUAUACCACCAAGUAUCUUCCAACUUAGAGGGCUUGUUUAUCUCCGUUUAAGCAAGAAUAAAUUGUCGGGACCAAUGCCUCUAUCUAUCCAAUUUAGUGGACUUCAUGAACUUGAUCUUUCCUCAAACAAGUUUAGUGGGCCAAUGCUGAUAGAUGCACUUGCUCUAAACAGAAACUUAUCUGUGUUAGACCUUUCAUUCAACAUGAUAGAUGAUGUUAUUGUUACAGAUGUUCUGCUUUCCACCUUUCCACAGUUAAGAAUUCUAAACUUGGCAUUCUGCAACUUGAAAACUUUCCCUGCUUUCUUGAAAUACCAAUCUGGAUUAUAUGAUCUCUAUCUCUCAUAUAACCAGAUUCAAGGAAUAGUACCCAACUGGAUUUGGAGACUAGAUGAGCUUUCCAUUCUUAAUGUCUCUCACAAUUCUCUAACUAAUUUUGAAAACCUUACUCAUAAUUUGCACAAUCAACUGCAAGGGCCAAUCCAAGGUUUUCUUCAACUUGCUUCCAUUGUUGACUUCUCAAGCAACAAUUUGAGCUCUGUUAUCCCAGUAGACAUUGGUUAUUACAUGUCUCGUACGCUUUAUCUUUCUCUCGCAAACAAUAGUUUUCAUGGCAGCAUCCCUCAUUCCUUGUGUAAUGCUUCAAUGCUUGAAGUUCUUGACCUUUCUCAUAACAAAAUAUCUGGAGAACUUCCCCAUUGUUUAAUGAAGAUAGGUGAGACCCUUUGGAUAUUGAAUCUAGGGAGUAACAACCUGACAGGCCAUAUUCCCAAUACAUUUCCGAGUUCUUGUUCUCUAAGGACUAUUGUUUUCAAUGGGAAUCAAUUAGCAGGGCCACUUCCAAAUUCUCUGGCACAUUGUGAUUGCUUGGAUGUAUUAGACAUUGGAAUAAAUAAGAUAACUGGGGGCUUUCCUUGCUUUCUAAGAAAUAUAUCUGCACUUCGCAUCCUAAUCUUGCAGAACAAUGAAUUCCAUGGCCCAAUGAGAUGUGGAAAAGAGAGUGGAGUUUGGGAAAUGAUUCAAAUUGUUGAUGUGGCCUUUAACCACUUUAGUGGUAAACUACCUGGAAUAUGGUUCACAAAUUGGAAAGUCAUGAUGUCCAAUGAAGGAGAAGCUCAAUCUAAGGCAAAACAUCUUGAUUUUCAACUUCGCACUACAGAUGUUCAGGAUUCAGUAAUGGUCAUAAGCAAAGGUCAAAAAAUAGAGUUACUUAAAAUCCUAACAAUCUUCACUUCAAUUGAUUUCUCAUACAAUCAAUUUGAAGGGCCAAUACCAAAGGAGUUAAUGGAUUUCAAAGCACUACAUUUGCUUAACCUGUCACACAAUGCUCUUUCAGGUCAAAUUCCAUCUUCUAUAGGGAAUUUGAAUCAGCUUGAGUCAUUAGACCUGUCAAUGAACUCAUUGGAAGGAGAAAUUCCCACAGAGCUUGCCAAUUUGAACUUCCUAUCAUAUCUGAACCUCUCCUUUAAUCAUCUCACAGGUAAGAUCCCAACAGGUACUCAGCUUCAGUCAUUUGAAGCAAGUUCAUUUGAAGGAAAUGAUGGGUUGUAUGGACCCCCACUAACCAAAAGUCCAAAUCAUGGAAUGCAUGCACUGCCACCACCUGAAAUGCCACAAUGUGGAAGCCUAGCUUGUGAAGUUCAAUGGAAUCUUGUGAGUGCAGAAAUGGGAUUGGUUUUUGGGCUUGGAAUUGUCUUUGGACCCCUCUUGUUUCGGAAGAGAUGGAGGAUGCGCUAUUGUCAAUUUCUGGACAAAAUUCUUUGCCGGAUAUUUCCUCAACUAACUCAUGACUUUGAAAGGCAUGGAGGCCAAAGUUACAAAGUUCUGGUAUGGAGGAGGAAUUAG